GGGUCACAGCAUCCCUGUCCUAGGUUUUCCACCGCGGUGCACAUGUUCCGGAGCUCAAAUAGCCAUUCCAGGAACCCGCAGAGCCAAGCAUCAGAGCGGCUGCGCAGGGCACGUGCUCAUUCUCCCCGGAGUCCCGGCGAUUGGCUGUGACGUAACUUCCGGCGUGAGCGGCGAAAGCCGGGAGGGCGAGCGAGAGAGGUAGCAGGCAGCAGGCGGGCGGGUGGCCGGCCGGCACGGAGGGAGGGAACGAGCAAGCGGUGAGCAAGCCAGCGAGGGCGCCCGGGUCCCGAGGGCAGCGGAGAUUCCUCAGGUCCCUCCGGUGCCCUCCCCGGAGCCCACAGCACCUCCGGCACCCAGCGGAGCGGACACGGCCCGGCCCGGCCAUGGCCUCGUUGCUGAAGGUGGAUCAGGAAGUGAAGCUCAAGGUUGAUUCUUUCAGGGAGCGGAUCACAAGUGAGGCAGAAGACUUGGUGGCAAAUUUUUUCCCAAAGAAGUUAUUAGAACUUGAUAGUUUUUUGAAGGAACCAAUCCUAAAUAUCCAUGACCUAACUCAGAUCCACUCAGACAUGAAUCUCCCAGUCCCUGACCCCAUUCUCCUCACCAAUAGCCACGAUGGACUGGAUGGUCCCACUUACAAGAAGCGCAGGUUGGAUGAAUGUGAAGAGGCCUUCCAAGGAACCAAGGUGUUUGUGAUGCCCAACGGGAUGUUGAAAAGCAACCAGCAGCUCGUGGACAUUAUUGAGAAAGUAAAACCAGAGAUUCGGCUGCUGAUUGAGAAAUGUAACACGGUCAAAAUGUGGGUUCAGCUCUUGAUUCCCAGAAUAGAAGAUGGGAACAACUUCGGGGUGUCGAUUCAGGAGGAAACAGUUGCAGAGCUACGAACUGUCGAAAGUGAAGCUGCGUCUUAUCUGGACCAGAUUUCUAGAUAUUAUAUUACAAGAGCCAAAUUGGUUUCUAAAAUAGCUAAAUAUCCCCAUGUGGAGGACUAUCGCCGCACUGUCACAGAGAUUGACGAGAAAGAAUACAUCAGCCUCCGGCUCAUCAUCUCAGAGCUGAGGAAUCAGUAUGUCACUCUCCACGACAUGAUCCUGAAAAACAUUGAGAAGAUCAAAAGGCCCCGGAGCAGCAAUGCAGAGACACUGUACUGAGGCCGGGGCCGGGGCCGGGGGACUUUGUGAGUCUGGCUCAAGACCGACAUUGCCUUGGUUUGUUACCUGACGGUCGUGAUGGGGAAACUGGCUGGAAAUAGGAGUCACACCUCUCUGUUUUUAGUUAGAGUCUAAUGAAACUCUCAUCUAGUUCUGUGACGUGUUUACCUCUUUUUUCAGGCCUCAGGAACUCUUCUCUCUCCUUCCCCAACACCCCCCACCCAGCCUGUCCUAAUUUCUGGAGAAUUCCAGGUUUGUGCAACGUACUGGCACAAGAAUAAUUGUGGGUUUUUGUUUUUUCUUCCCUUCUUUCCCUCUUUCCCUGUUUUAGGUUUUGUGUUUUCUUCCUUUUGAUGAUUAGUUGGUUAAAAGCUGGAGGAACUAUAGGGAAGUGUUUGGUGUCUUUUAGAAACGGGAGUGGAGGCGGAAGGGACAUCUCUUCUUGUCACAAAGUUAGUGUCUCUUGUUUCUGUGGGACUUUGGGUCCUCCCUGUCUACCCUGGUGAUGCUUUAGGGCUCUCCACCGCCAUCCAUCCCACCCUGAGCCUGACCAUGACGAGGGAUACCUUAGGCCUUCACCCGCAUCCUUUGGAUGCAACACCAACAGCUUCUUUGGAUGUUUUUAUAACUGGGGUUUUCACAUACACAUGUGUACACAUGUACAGGCGCAUUGGGACAUGUAUACAUGCUUCCUGCUCCAUUAUAGAACAUACCUUCCUUCCUGCACCACCACCCCCGCAAGCCCCUGUCACAUACAACACCUCAGCAGGUGAUAGUUGUCUUAGUCAUCCACCCAGGCAAAAGUCCCAGGCCCACCCUCUUCUAUUAACGUAGCCGUUGGUGCCAGGGUAGGUUGAAGGAACCCGAGAGCUGAGCAGCAGAGGGCUCAUGAAGGCCUUCCCUCUGUGACUCAGGUUCUUUUUGGUGUUAUGCAAAAGCUGGUCCUCUGGCCCCCACUUGCCCUUUUCCAGGCUAGCGUGCGUGCUGGCUAGGGAGCGGUCAGCGUGUGUGAGCUGACUAGGGAGCGGUCAGCUGUGAGGUCCAGAGGCUGCUGCUCCUCGCUGUGCUUUCCCUUUGGGAAAUAUUUCUCGUAUUUAUAGUAUUGUGCUUCCAGGGAAAGCAGUAAUUCAUGUGUAUAUGUGUGUGUGCACAUACACACGUGCACAUGUGUGUGUGUUCGUGUGUGUAUAAAUAUGCUGCGAAGGUCAAACCCAUAAAAGAGUGGCCUCCUCUCUUGAAUCUUCCAGAGAUCUCACUUGUUAAAGCGUUUGUAUUAACCCCGCCAGCCCCCAGCUUCUUAAGUGAGAGUUGGUCUCCGCAGCUAGCCUGCCAGUGACUCUCAGUGUCUGUCUGACUUUUAUUCCUCUCCGUCUUCCAAUCCCCAGUCAUAUUUCCACCUGGGAUGCAUCACUUUCCCUCCCAGCAUUCUGUAGGAAUGGAGUCAGGAUGCUCUCUCCCAUGAGUAGUGCUCAGUAACAAACCAAUCGCAUUUUCGUUGGGCAGUACACCUACCCGCCCUCAGAUCCCUUCCAGCCGAACCCCUUCCCUCCUCCUGCCAUGUGUUUCUCAGUUUCCCUUUUUGUUUGAUUGUUCCUCUGCCCCUCCUUCCUUCGAUUGUAAUGUAAAAUUCUUUUACCAUGUCAAGAAAUUAUUAAAAAUACAGGUACUUUGACCUCUUUCUAAAGCUGCA